AUGUCCGGUAUACCAUGGGAAAGCGAAGAAAAUCAAAACUACAUUCGUGUACGUCAUAUUGUCAUGAAUGUUGCAAGAACAGAACUGAGAAAAUUUUUCAUACAGGAAUGGAAUAAUCGUUACCAGGCUUCUUUUGGGGCAUGGGAUGAAACCAACGUAAGUGGUAAUCAGUUGUUUCAUCGGGAGAAAACACGAGGAAGGCCAAAUAAGAACAUGCUCCAGUCAAAAUUUCAACACGGAGAUACAAGUCAGUGGGAUUGUUCUGUGCUUUUUGACGCAAUUCUUUACUCCAACUCGAUUGGUGCAAGCCUUACUCCAACGAUAAAGACUGAAGUCGACAAUCUAAGAAAAUCACGAAAUAGAAUAACUCAUGAAAUUCUUGACGAAAAGCUCUCGGACAUAGAGUUUCAAACCAUGACAACUAGCGUUGAAAAUGCAUUAAAUACACUGGGACUUUCAAUCACAGAAGUCGUUCGAAUAAGAAACCUCUACAAAUCCUUUCAAGUUCUUCCUCCUAAGCCAGCUCAUGAAGUCGUUUGCCGGUCUGACAAAAUACAUGAGAUAAAACAAGACCUCAAAACCUUGCAAUGCGCUAACGAUGGUAAACUUACAUAUUUCUAUAUCUCUGGAAAUCCUGGAAGUGGGAAAUCUCAACUCGCCGGGCAAGUUUGUGAAGAUAUUUACAACGGUGUCAAUUGGCAGACCGAAGCCACGUUUGUAAUGACAUUGGACGGACAAGACUUAGAUUCUCUUCUCUACUCAUAUGAAGAUUUUUGUCGUCGCCUGAAUUGCAACGAAAGUGUAUUGCAAAGUAUAUUAAAUUCAUCCAAGCCAACAGAUGAGAAAAUCAAAGACUUAAGAUCGCAAAUAACCACUAGAAUAAAAAAUUGGAAGAAGUGGUGGAUUAUAGUAGACAAUGUGGAAAAUCUCGAGCUCAUUUCCCCUCUACUGCCUCAAAGAGGCGACAAAGUUUGGAAUAACGGCCAAGUUAUAUUAACUACACAAAACACAAAUUGUGUCCCACCUGACAGCUCGUUCACCAAACACAUUUCACUCAGUCUCGGUAUGAAUGACCAAGAGUGUCGACAGCUUCUUUUCAAGUUAUCAAAACCAGAUGCUAAUGACGUCAAUGAUUCUUUAUUAGAUGAAGUCGCAAAGAAGUUAGAUCGUCAACCGCUGGCAAUGGCCGCGGCUGCCGUGUAUAUGAGAGAAGUCAUCGAAUCAAAGUAUCCCCCUGAUUUUUCGUGGCGAGACUAUUUAGGAAAGUUAGAAAAAGGUGAAAGAAAAUUAACAGCAGAACGUCUUCGUGAGAUAAAUUCAGCGGCAUAUUCGUUCACCAUGUCCGCGGCUGUGCUUUUAGCUGUUGAAAAAUGUGCAGAAAGUAAUACAAUUUUAAAACACACAUUCCACCUCUUCUCCUUGAUAUCGUUUGAACCACUGCCACUUGAUCUUGUUGUAAAAUACAUUCAGCAGCAAGAUAAAGAGCUAAAAGCAGAGGAUAUCUUUCCUGUAAUAAAACACUGCUCGUUGUUUGUUCAUGUUGGAAAUGACGAGCAUGAUAUCCGCCUACAUCGAGUUGUCCAUGAAGAAUUUAAAGAAUUUUGUCUUAGGAAAGAACCUGAAAUUAACGAUUUCUUCCAGUUUGGAAUUCCAAAUAUAACAAGUGUAAUUCAUAAUAUUGUGAAAACGAUGUACCACUUCGAGGGUAGGAAAGAUGAAACCAAAUUAAUUCCCAUUUAA